AUGGAGGCCGACGACGAGAGCUCCGACUCGUUCUCUUCCUCGUCCCCAGCCUCUUCGUCGGAUGUGGAAAUGGUGUCAGCGACCAUGAGCAGCGAACAACUGUGGCAGAAAGCCUCGACGGCCGUGAAGCGGCGGCCGGAGUCCUUCAUCGGGGUGAGCAAGCGGCCGUGGGGCAAGUUUGCCGCCGAGAUCCGCGACUCCACGCGCAAGGGCGCCCGCGUGUGGCUCGGCACCUUCGAUACCCCCGAGGCCGCCGCGCUCGCCCUCGCCUACGACCAGGCCGCCUUCUCCGCGCGCGGCGCCGCCGCCGUCCUCAACUUCCCCGUCGAGCGCGUGUGGGAGUCGCUGGGGCCGCUCGCGCUCGCCGGCAGCGCGGGGGCCGGCUCCUCUGUGCUGGCGCUGAAGCGCCGCCACUCCAAGCGCACGCGCAGGAGCAAGCUCUCUCCCACAAGCAAAAGUCUAAAGACGCAGCGGCAUGGACAAUGGCUGCUUCCGCAGCGCGAGGAGGUAUCGCCGUGUCCCUACUACGGCAUGGUGGAGCUCGAGGACCUCCUCGGCGCUGAUUACUUGGAGGAGCUGCUCCGGGUAUCCUCCGAGUUGCACUAUUAG